UCACAUCAUAAACAAAGAUGGCGGACGGUGGAUCGAAACCGACGAAUGAAGCUCUUUCUUGGCAUGAAUAUGACCAGAAAGCAAUCGAAAAGUAUAAUAAAACCUUAACAGAAAAGCUAACUCGUGAGAAGAUAUUAAUUCGUCAAUACUACUGGCGUGGAAAUCGAGUUGCUCCGUUUUCAAUUGAACCAAUGCCAUAUGAAAGACAACGUCUUUCGGAACUCAUGUCAAGUGAGGAUAGAGCACUCAGAAAGCAAUGGGUUCUUGAUCAAAGACUAAGUCCUAAUGAACCGGUCCAUGUAGCUGAAUUAAACCCUAGAAAUCCGAUCAGGAGAGCCUUGGCAACACCCUGGAACAUGUUGUUUAAAUCAAUUAAACCUUUCUUGGGUGACAAAUGGGCAACAAAAUUAAGAGGAGCUGUCCCAAAGGUAGCUUUAGGAUGGGUGGUCGCCUGUGCUAUGUAUUACAAUAUAGCAUAUAAUCCUAAUCAAUGGACUAAUAUUGAUGGCUGGCACGUUUAUGGAAAUAAACCAACACAGAUUUAUGGUGAAGAGGGUUGGCUUCAAGGUUCUGAGAAAAAGGAUAACGACUUUCAUGAUUGCGGCUUUCAAAAAAGAAAAGUGUUCUUGGGAGAUUAUGAAACUUCUUCGAAGCCCUAUUAGUUGAAUUUUUGCGUUAGAAGUAUGAACUGAAACUCUAAGCUAAAACAAUUUGAAAAAAUAAACUACAGAUCCUUUAUUAUUAAAAACAAAUUGCGUGAGUAGAAGUAUUCAGUCACCAAAUAUUAACGACCUUAAAAAUAUCUUUACCAUAAGCAUACCAAAAUAUAAUAUGAUUAGAUAUAUCAACUUUAAAAAAAUUGCCUACUUAUAAUGAUAAUAGAUAGUUAAAACUUGUACCUAUAGGCAAAAUCAUUUAAAUAUUACACCAUAAUUAUCCUACUCAAUUCUAAUGAGACACGAAGUUUGAAAAUUUUUUUUACCGACGGACUAAAAGGUCUUGUCAGUGUACAAACAGUUUGACGGAAGGAAACUUUAAUAUUCCAAUUUUUUAUUAUGUUUAAUAUGAUUCGCGUUUAUGGAUGUCUCUUCCUCAUUUUGAUUUUAUUGGGUGAUUCUCAAGAGAAGCCUAGUAGCGUAUAUGAAUUUCUUCCUGAAAUCCAAAGAGAGUUCAGAAAAUCUGGAUUAGUGGAAAGGAAAGGAAAGUCAUUUGAGAAUUCGAAAAGUUGUGAAAAUACUAAAAUAAAAGCUGUUAAAAAAGCAAACGAAGAUAUGUGCUGUUUUGGAGACUUAUUCUGUUUUUGCGGAGGAAAGUUUAACAAUGGAAGGCACGUGAAAUAAUUAUUAUUGUUCAUUUGGCUGUUGUUAUCUAGAGUAACCGAACUAUGUCACAAUAAAUGUCACACUAGUCUUUAUUUCCUUAA